GGACAGUCGGUGAGACAGAGUUGAAGUGUUGGAAAGCGCCCAAACAAACCAGUACCGCAAGAAAAAUCAGCAGUAAACGAGAGAGAGAGAGAGAGAGAGAGAGAGAGAGAGAGAGAGAGAAAUGAUGUGAAUACAAAUACAGUUCCUCUUCUGUCUGAAAUUAAGGGGGUUUUCUCUUCUUAAAAACCUUUUCCUUUAUCAUUUUUCUGCUCCAUAUAUAUUUAUACAUACAUAACAGUUUGAGUUUGAAAAACCAAAAGCAAAAGAACACAGCCACUUCUCGACAACUCUGACCAUGAAUGAAACAACAAAAUCACACUAAUAGUCUCUCUAGCUUCCGGGCAUCAACAAAACCUUCCUAGCAAAUCCAAACCUUGAGGAGGCCUUGUCAUGAUGGCGGUGACGUCAUCCUGCAAAGAUGGUGGGAUGAAGAUGCAGAUGGACAAUGGCAAGUACGUAAGGUACACGCCGGAGCAGGUGGAAGCUUUGGAGCGGUUGUACCAUGAGUGCCCGAAGCCGAGCUCCAUGCGCCGCCAGCAGCUCAUCCGUGAGUGCCCUAUCCUCUCCAACAUCGAGCCUAAGCAGAUCAAAGUCUGGUUCCAAAACCGCAGAUGUAGAGAGAAGCAGCGGAAGGAGGCGUCGAGGUUGCAGACCGUGAACAGAAAGCUGACGGCGAUGAAUAAGCUUCUGAUGGAGGAGAAUGAUCGGUUGCAGAAGCAGGUGUCUCAGCUGGUCUACGAGAACAGCUACUUCCGCCAACAGACACAAAAUGCGACUUUAGCCACGACAGACACAAGUUGUGAUUCGGUGGUGACGAGCGGUCAACACCAUUUGACUCCGCAGCAGCAUCCACCACCACCGCCAAGGGAUGCGAGCCCUGCAGGACUUCUGUCCAUUGCAGAGGAAACUUUAGCAGAGUUUUUAUCAAAGGCCACUGGGACUGCUGUGGAGUGGGUCCAAUUGCCUGGGAUGAAGCCUGGUCCGGAUUCCAUUGGAAUCGUUGCAAUUUCUCACGGUUGCACCGGUGUGGCAGCACGUGCAUGCGGCCUUGUAGGUCUAGACCCUACAAGAGUCGCUGAAAUCCUCAAAGAUCGGCCUUCGUGGUUCCGAAACUGCCGAUCUGUGGAUGUGCUGAACGUGUUGUCCACUGGCAAUGGUGGAACCAUUGAACUGCUUUACAUGCAGCUCUAUGCACCCACAACUUUGGCUCCAGCUCGAGAUUUCUGGUUGCUUCGCUACACAUCGGUACUAGAAGAUGGUAGUCUCGUGGUCUGUGAAAGAUCACUUAACAACACACAGAAUGGUCCUAGCAUGCCACCGGUGCAGAAUUUUGUGAGAGCAGAAAUGCUGCCGAGCGGGUAUCUAAUUAGACCUUGUGAAGGUGGUGGCUCGAUCCUUCACAUUGUUGAUCAUAUGGAUUUGGAGCCUUGGAGUGUACCCGAAGUGUUGCGCCCGCUUUAUGAGUCAUCAACACUUCUUGCUCAGAAGACAACUAUGGCGGCAUUACGCAACCUGAGGCAGAUUUCUCAAGAAGUUUCUCAGCCUAAUUCCGCUGGUUGGGGAAGAAGGCCUGCAGCUCUCCGUGCUCUUAGUCAGAGAUUGAGCAAAGGUUUCAAUGAAGCAGUUAACGGGUUUACAGAUGAGGGAUGGUCUGUUCUAGAAAGUGAUGGUGUUGAUGAUGUUACCCUUCUUGUGAACUCGUCUCCGGGCAAGAUGAUGAGUGCAAAUCUUUAUACCAAUGGAGUUCCAUCUAUGAGCACUGCAGUCUUAUGUGCCAAAGCAUCCAUGUUACUCCAAAAUGUGCCUCCAGCCAUACUUCUUAGAUUCUUGCGAGAACACCGAUCAGAGUGGGCUGACAGAAGCAUUGAUGCUUAUUCAGCUGCUGCUAUCAAAGCUGGUCCCUGCAACAUGCUAGGGCCUCGAGCUGGAAGUUUCGGGGAUCAGGUUAUUCUUCCCCUGGCUCACACAAUUGAGCAUGAAGAGUUCAUGGAGGUCAUUAAGAUUGAAAACAUGGGCCACUAUCGAGAGGAUAUGAUGAUGCCUGCAGCUGACAUUUUCCUCUUGCAACUGUGCAGCGGAGUGGAUGAGAAUGCCGUCGGGACCUGCGCUGAACUAGUAUUUGCUCCCAUUGAUGCAUCAUUUUCGGAUGAUGCUCCAAUUCUACCUUCUGGUUUUCGCAUCAUCCCUCUUGAUUCUCGGAUGGAUACUCCGAGUCCAAACCGUACGCUUGAUCUUGCCUCAGCUCUUGAAGUUGGACCUGCAGGAAGCAGAGCAUCUGGUGAUAAUGCUGGCCACUCUGGCAAUACAAAGUCUGUGAUGACAAUAGCAUUCCAGUUUGCAUUUGAAAUUCACCUCCAAGAAAAUAUAGCCGCCAUGGCUCGGCAGUAUGUGCGCAGUAUCAUAGCAUCAGUGCAGAGGGUGGCACUGGCACUCUCCCCGUCUCAUUUUGGUUCGCAUGCUGGUUUCCGGCCUCCACCUGGCACCCCUGAAGCACAAACACUUGCUGGUUGGAUCUGUCAGAGCUAUAGGUGCUAUCUGGGUGGAGAACUACUAAAAACCGAAGGAAGCGAGUCCAUUCUCAAAUCCCUUUGGCAUCACUCGGAUGCAAUCUUAUGUUGCUCCUUGAAGGCAAUGCCAGUUUUUACAUUCGCAAACCAGGCAGGCCUUGACAUGCUUGAGACGACGUUAGUUGCACUUCAAGACAUAACACUGGAGAAGAUUUUUGAUGACAACGGAAGGAAGACCCUAUGCUCCGAGUUCCCGCAGAUAAUGCAGCAGGGUUUUAUGUGUCUUCAAGGAGGAAUAUGCAUGUCAAGCAUGGGAAGGCCGAUCUCGUACGAGAGAGCAGUGGCAUGGAAGGUGUUGAACGAAGAAGAAACUGCUCACUGCAUCUGCUUCAUGUUCAUCAACUGGUCAUUUGUUUAACACUUUGGAGGCCACAAGAACAACAUCAUAGGAUAUAGAACUUAGAAAUUAAAACCUCUUCUUUGCACCAAAGGCAUAUUGGGCCCAAAUUUUUUUGGUUAUCAAUAUCAUCUACUCUUUGCUA